AUGACAACACUACUGAAUCUUCAUCGAGUGAAAUAUCAAUGUAGUUGUGGAUCGUUUAAAUCGUUAUGUUAUUUAUACUUUUGCCGACAUUGUUUGAAGAUUAAAUGCAAAGACUGUGUUAUAUUAGAAGUCGAUUGUCGUUUUUGCCCAAGUUGUUAUGAACAUCUUCAAUCACAUGAAGCAAUUACUCGCAAGAAUCGUUGUCAAAGUUGUUUUUCUUGUCCAUGUUGUAAUCAUACGUUGGUCACACGAGCAACGAACACAUCAGCAGCUAUGCCGAUUAGUUUAAACACGACAUCGGAUAGUGGCAAUGCUGGAGGUGGAGAUGCUGAUGAGAGUAUCAGCAGUACAAAUGUUAGUGGGUUACAAACGCCAUCGAAAAAGGUUUACUAUUUGGCAUGUAGUGUUUGUCGUUGGUCAACACGAGAUAUUCGUCUUGCUGAUCAACCGACAUUAAAUUCUUGGAAAGCGCAGGAUAAUAUUCACGAAGGGAGAUUUAAUGAACUUCUACAACAUUACAAACAGAUAGCUACACGUGAGAAACAGGAACGUGAUCGAAAACGAUAUUCCACUGUUAAAUUACGUUCUGCUUUGCCAACAACAACAACAUCGCGAUCAUCAUCGGAUAAAUAUGGUCUCCUAGCACCGGUCACCCGCCGCGGAAUUCGCACGAGUGGGAUAUUGAAAAGUCCAUCGGUAACUGAAUCUCCGAAUUCAACUAAUCCAACAAUAAAACCAUCUGAUCCAAUCACAGAAAUCGAACCACUUGAUGAAAAUCUCUUCCUAAGCAACACAUUUGACUUCAACAAGCUCACAACUAUCACCCAACGACUGAAUUCGGUAGAAAUUCAACCGUUAACCGUUGAUCGACUCUAUCCGCUGGCAAAACAUUUUACAUCGAAACAGUCGAAACGUUGCAAAGAAUGCGAUCAUAACGUUCUCAAACCAGAACCAUCGCCAAAAUUGAUCAAAUUCAAAUUACAUCAAAUGGCUCUCUUUUUCAUUCCAGAAAUUCGCAUUUGGCAUCAUCCAGCAUGGUCAGCGACUGAAAGUAACCCAUGUGUUCUCUCCAUAGUCAAUCAACUCGAUGAACAAACAAUAUUGAAAUUAUAUACAUUAGAUGAAAUUCGUGAAGAAAACAUUGAUAAAGAUUUGAUCGACCGAAUCAAUCAAUUAGAUGAGUACAUUCUAACAAGUCAACUCACAUUGCCGAUAAGUAAAGAUCGUUCCAUUAAAUUACACCCACAUGUCGAACCGAAUGAAACAGACACGAAACUGGACGACGAAUUUCGACAGAGUGAUUCGAGAGAAUUGGUUCUCUAUCGAAAAUUUGCUAAAAUAGCUAUUCGAUGUUAUAUCAAACUCAAAUCUUCAUCUGUAAAGACAAUUCUUGGUGCAUUUAUCAUCGAACAUCGCGUUGUUGGAAUAUCUUCGAUUGUUAGUACACCGACUGCCACAAGUUCCAAUCCAGUAACUCGAAACGUUCGACACAUAAUUUUAAUUGAUUUCGGUCCAACCGAUGAACCAGCUCUUACUCUUCAUUCAUCAUUAGCUUAA